CGGCCCCCCGUGCCCCCGCGCCCACGUGAGUGCACAGCCAGCCCGGAUCCCGCCGGUUACACAGCGCGUCCCGGCUGCGCGCCGGUGCUUCCGCGGUCCACUCGCCUCGCCGUCCGCGCUGUGCGUCCCUGGCGGGUCCCUGCGGCCCCAGCCGGGCGCUUCGCCAGGCUCUGGCUCCUGCAUCCGGAAGCAGCGCGAAGGCCGAGGCAGGCAGGCCGCCCCCGCCGCUCCGGGCACCGGUGGUCGGCGCGGCUGUACCCUGGGUCGCCCUGCUGAGUUUUCUUUCGCCACGGUUUCCCCGGGUCUACCUGCCCUUCUCCCCAACCCCUCAGCCGCGGGCCUCAGCUCUCCAGCUUGCUUCCAUCCACCCCUCCCUGAGCCCGGGGCCACCUCUGUCCUCAGGGCUAGGCUUCUGCUCUCAAGGAGUUAAUCCAUCAACUCCAGGCACACCUGCUGUGGAUGAGACUUCGGCCGCCACUGCAAAGAAGGUUUAGAUAUAGACGAUGAGCAGCCACGGCAACAGUCUGUUCCUGCGGGAGAGCGGCCAGCGCCUGGGUCGGACCGGCUGGCUGCAGCGGCUGCGAGACAGUUUGCAGCAGAGGGCGCUGCGCACGCGCCUGCGCCUGCAGACCCUGACCCGCGAGCGCGUGCUGCGCUUCCUGCGCCGCAAUGCUUUCAUCCUGCUCACCGUCAGCGCUGUGGUCAUUGGUGUCAGUCUGGCCUUUGCCUUGCGCCCGUACCAGCUCACUUACCGGCAGAUCAAGUACUUCUCUUUUCCUGGUGAGCUUCUCAUGAGGAUGUUGCAGAUGCUGGUGCUGCCCCUCAUUGUCUCCAGCCUGGUCACAGGUAUGGCAUCCCUGGACAACAAGGCAACAGGGCGCAUGGGGAUGCGGGCAGCUGUGUACUACAUGGUGACUACAGUCAUUGCGGUCUUCAUCGGCAUCCUCAUGGUCACCAUCAUACAUCCUGGAAAGGGCUCCAAGGAGGGGCUGCACCGCGAGGGUCGAAUCGAGACCAUCCCCACAGCUGACGCCUUCAUGGACCUGGUCAGAAAUAUGUUCCCACCCAACCUUGUGGAGGCCUGCUUCAAACAGUUCAAGACGCAGUACAGCACAAGGGUGGUGACCAGGACCAUCGUGAGGACAGAGAACGGGUCUGAGCUGGGUGCCUCCAUGCCUCCUCCCUCGUCAGUGGAGAACGAAACCAGCUUUCUGGAAAAUGUCACUCGGGCCUUGGGCACCCUGCAGGAGGUGCUGAGCUUUGAGGAGACUGUUCCUGUGCCUGGAUCUGCCAAUGGCAUCAAUGCCCUGGGCCUUGUGGUCUUCUCUGUGGCCUUCGGGCUGGUCAUUGGUGGCAUGAAACACAAGGGACGAGUCCUGAGGGACUUCUUCGACAGCCUCAAUGAGGCUAUUAUGAGGCUGGUGGGCAUCAUUAUCUGGUAUGCGCCCGUGGGUAUCCUGUUCUUGAUUGCUGGGAAGAUUCUGGAAAUGGAAGAUAUGGCUGUCCUUGGAGGCCAGCUGGGGAUGUACACACUGACUGUCAUUGUGGGCUUGUUCCUCCAUGCCGGUGGUGUCUUGCCCCUCAUCUACUUCCUCAUCACCCACCGGAACCCCUUCCCCUUCAUCGGGGGCUUGCUGCAGGCGCUCAUCACUGCCAUGGGCACGUCUUCCAGCUCUGCAACUCUGCCCAUCACCUUCCGCUGCCUGGAGGAGUGCCUGGGUGUGGACCGACGCAUCACCAGGUUUGUGCUGCCCGUGGGGGCCACUGUCAACAUGGAUGGCACUGCACUGUACGAGGCCUUGGCUGCCAUCUUUAUUGCUCAAGUCAAUAAUUAUGAGCUCAACCUGGGCCAGAUCACCACCAUCAGCAUCACGGCCACUGCAGCCAGUGUUGGGGCUGCCGGCAUCCCCCAGGCAGGUCUGGUCACUAUGGUCAUUGUGCUCACGUCAGUUGGGCUGCCCACGGAAGACAUCACGCUGAUCAUAGCAGUGGACUGGUUCCUUGACCGGCUUCGCACGAUGACUAAUGUGUUGGGGGACUCAAUUGGAGCGGCUGUCAUUGAGCAUUUAUCCCAGCAGGAGCUGGACCUGCAGGAAGCCGAACUCACCCUCCCCAGCCUGGGGAAGCCCUACAAGUCACUCAUGGCACAAGAAAAGGGGGUGUCCAGGGGUCGGGGUGGUAACGAGAGUGCCAUGUGAGGGGCCUCCAGAUUUGCUGCCUGAUGAGAAGGGGAGUCCUGGGGACAAUCUGCUACCCAGCUGACCAUGGGCUGAACACACAUUCUGCUUGGCUUGUUUGGGGUGGGGGCGCAGUGAGAUAAAGGAGCAGGAAUGAAAGCUAUUCAAGGUCUCUGUUUGUCUCUGGGCACAUGCUGAGAACUCAUGGGAAAGUGUGACCAAGAAAGGAGAGGAAACAUUCCUCCUGGAUUUGAGCGGAGGAGAAGCUUCAGGGUUAACAAGAAGGAAAGCCAGCUCUUGUUAUUUUUCUCAAGAAGUGGUGGAAGUGAAGAGGGUAAAGAAAACAACUUUCUCACAAUAAAACAAUAUUCAUGACCUUUCUGUUGGGAUCCCAAAACAGAUUCAGUGAUUCACUAUAGAGAUUCAUAAAGCUCAGAGAAGCCAUUAUAUUCAUGAUUAUGGUUUAUCACAGUGAAAGAUAUCGAUUAAAAUCAACAAAGGGAAAAGAUGGAUCAAACAUAGAGUCCAGGAGAGACCACAGAGACGUUUCCUGUAAGCCCUUCGACCUAUAGAGGAAUGAAUCAUUGAUAGCACUUAUUUCUCCCAGCAGUGAUGUUUGAUAACAUGCAGGGUGCACUGCCCACCAGGAAGCUCACCUGAGCUGUGGUGUCCAGAGUUUUUUUGGCCCUUGGUCACAUAGGUGAACUUAAUUAUUAAUGCUUCAGCCUCACCACAGGUCAGCCUGACACAGCCUGGCCAAAGGCACCAUGUGAACAAACACUGAUUCACCAUAGAUCACAUUUUUAUCAUAGACUCUGUCAUGGCCUGAAAUGAUGAGUCACAGACUCUCUAGUUUUUCAGAAAGUCAAAAGUCAUCUCCCAGGAGGUAAUCAAAUAUCAGUCCUUUCUUUGGGAUAUGCAGGCUUUAAACACCCCAGAGACCCAAAUUAACACUUUACUGCACAAACUCCAAGAAUGGAAAUGAAAGAAGCAGCUUCCCAUGGGAAGAGUGACUGGAUCUAGUAACUGGGUCAUUUAUUGACUCAUGACACUGGGCCCGCAUCUCUGCUGUUGCUCUCCAUGGGUAUCUCUUUACUGUACAGUGGUGGACAUUGGACAUUAAUAUUUUCCUGUAGCCAAAAGAAUCAGGUUGGACAUCAAAGGCUUGGAGAAGACACAAGAUCAGUAAAUAAAGUGUUUUAGUUCACUCUGUGUUGCUAUA